UCCGCUUUGACGCCAUCUUCCCUGAGCGCAGCUGGUAGUUUGUCUCCGGGCUGACAGCUGAAGGCGACACACACGAGUCCUACGUGAGCGUCGUCGGGAGUCCUCGGUGAACUCGGUCGCUGCUCGUCUUCUCUGGCUCCGAAAAAAAAAGAUUUUUAUUUCACGCUUCAUCUGCACAGGACACCGCGGCGGGUCGUCAUACUGUCACAACUUUGUCAGCAACUGGUGUGUCCGGGCAAGAGGUGGAAAGGUUUGCCACACAUCUGACUCCACAUGCUACGACUUGAUGAUGUGAGACUGAUGGCUGGACUGAGACUGAGCACAGCACACCUUCCCUCCUCUGGUGCAGACAAACUGCAGUCCUGUGUGUUCAACAUUCUUUCCAUCAUCUGACAGCAUCGACUGACAGGUUGAUCAUGUGAUUCAUCUCAACCCUGGCAUUUCACUUGGUACCGAGAGUGUCUGUAGUUGCGAUGGCCGUUGCCUGCUCUCCAGAGAAGGAUCAGUCCCUCCUCCAGCUCCAGAAGAUUGACUCCAGUCGAGUUAUCCUCUCCCCGGUCCUCAGCUCCCCAAUGGAAACAAACCAGCCCAUCUGCAUCCCCUCCCCCUACACCGACCGUGGCCACGACUUCCCCGCCAUACCUUUCUACAGUCCAACUAAUUUCAGCUAUGCCAAUCCGCCGAGCAUUUCAGACCGCCCCUCCGUCCAUCAGACACUAAGCUCCUCCUUAUUUUGGCCCAGCCAUGGUCAUGUGGGGACCACCUUACCCCUGCACCACCUCCAGGCUCGACCUCAGCACGGGCAGCCAGUCCAGAGUCCAUGGGUGGAGCUGUCGCCACUGGACAAUGUGUUAACAAGCAGUAAGAGUGCUAGGAGGCGUUCUCAGGAGAGCGAGGAGGGCGAGGUGUCAUCAGGCGGGAAGGCGGACCUCCACUUCUGUGCUGUGUGCCACGACUACGCCUCAGGCUACCACUACGGCGUCUGGUCGUGUGAGGGGUGUAAGGCCUUCUUCAAGAGGAGCAUCCAAAGACACAAUGACUACAUCUGCCCAGCAACCAAUCAAUGCACUAUAGACAAGAACCGCCGUAAGAGCUGCCAGGCGUGUCGCCUUCACAAAUGCUACAACGUUGGCAUGACCAAGUGUGGGAUGCGAAAGGAACGUGGAAACUUCAGGAACCCCCAGAUGAGGCGAGUGACCCGUCUGUCCUCACAGGGCAGAACCAACGGACCAGCAGUGGGUCCGUUAAACGCUCCCCAACCUCCCGCACUGACUUCAAAGCAGCUGAUUGAGCGGAUAAUAGAGGCAGAGCCGCCAGAGAUCUAUCUCAUGAAGGACGUGAGGAGGCCGCUGACUGAAGCAAACAUCAUGAUGUCGCUCACCAACCUGGCCGAUAAGGAGCUGGUUCACAUGAUCACCUGGGCCAAGAAGAUUCCAGGGUUUUUAGAGCUCGGUCUCUUGGACCAGGUGCACCUGUUGGAGUGCUGCUGGCUGGAGGUGCUGAUGAUCGGUCUGAUGUGGAGGUCCGUGGAUCAUCCAGGGAAACUUAUCUUCUCCCCAGACCUCAGCUUGAGCAGAGAAGAGGGGAGCUGUGUCCAGGGCUUCUUGGAGAUCUUUGAUAUGCUGAUAGCCGCCACAUCCAGGGUGAGAGAGCUCAAGCUCCAGAGGGAGGAGUACGUCUGCCUCAAGGCCAUGAUCCUCCUUAACUCCAACAUGUGCCUCAGCUCCUCAGAGGGCAGCGAGGAGCUGCAGAGUCGCUCCAAGCUGCUGCAUCUUCUGGACGCCGUCACGGAUGCGCUGGUGUGGGCCAUCGCCAAAACCGGCCUCACUUUCCGCCAACAGUACACCCGCCUCGCCCACCUGCUCAUGCUGCUCUCUCACAUCCGCCACGUCAGUAACAAAGGCAUGGACCACCUCCACGGCAUGAAAAUGAAGAACAUGGUGCCGCUGUACGACCUGCUGCUGGAGAUGUUGGACGCCCACAUCAUGCACAGCUCCCGUCUGCCUCGCCGGUCACCCCAGCAGGAGACGGGGGACCAGUGCGACGGUCCUGCUCGCCCGCACAGCCCCGGUCCCUCCGGCCCCUCGAACACCUGGACUCCCAGCAGCACCGGAGGCAGAGGUGAACUGCAGUAGUCGGAUCAGAAUUCAGAUGCAAUGACUUUUCACGCUUUACACGAGACUAGUUCACUGCGGAGCGCUGCUUUCUGUGAACUCUCACUUUGACACACUGUGCACUAACUCUAGUGGAAAUUUCAGCUCUUCAAAUUUCACUCUGCGGACACACCAAAUUAGCAGCGUUCAUUGCCUGACCACAUAUUAAAAUGCCAGAGUGGAACAGGAACAUGAUGAGGUUGCUGUCAUUAUUUGGCCAGUAGCACCAGCACUUGCUUAAGUUCAUGUAAUGUUUCAGAUCACAUAAUGAACCACAGUUUCAGUCAUCACAUUCAUUCAUUAUUACAGACCUUGAUAUGUUGUUACAGAGAGAUUCCAACACAGAAUCCUUAUGUAAAUAAUCACUGAAGAGAACCAGGCUAUCAAGAGAAGACAUAUGUAACCCAUGUUGUGGCUUUGCUACACCUAGAAUCUGGCCAUAUGAGGAUACAGAGAGGCAAAAGAGAAAAAUUAAAUUUCCCUCAUUAUCAACUCAUCCACAUGCCGAUUAAAAGUUGGGUGAAGUGUCAUAGUCCACUAAACAUAACUGGAUUAUUACAGCAACAGCUGGAGUAGAUGGGGACUCAUUUUGAAAUGUUAAAAUGGCUCCAUACAGCUCGUCCAGCGUAAUCCAUGUUUCCUGAAGCCCCGAGAUCCCAAAGUGAUUUGAAAAGACAAUAUUGCCCGUAACUCCUUUUCAUAUCAAUUUAAGAUUUCAGGGCUUUUGGAUGCUGGGAUUACAUCAGAAGACUGAUGAUCAGCCAUUUUAUACAUCUGCAUCAGUUGUUUAGGAGAACACCAUUUUGCUCUGAAGCGCCAGAAAUGUUUUGUGGUCUUUUGUGGGCACAGAUAUUUCAACUUAAGAAGAGUUUUGCAUGAACAUGAUGAAUCACCUCAGGUAUCCCAUCUUACCGAUAAAAGGGUUCAGGUUUGAAAUUCCAUAUAAUGCCUGAUUUUAUAGCUUUUAUAUUUUAAAGGAACAGUUUGACAUUUUGGCAAAUGAUCUUAUUUGCUUUGAACUCUUGCUUUGUCAAGAGUUGGAUGAGAAGAUUGAUACAACUCUCACAUCUGUAUGUUAAGCAUGUAGCUGGCCAACUAAAAGUCUCUGCUGCAGUGUUUAUUUACUGUGCAGACAAGAGUGGUUUCAAUCUUCUCAACUAAUCCUCUGCAAGAACAGUAAGCACUUUGUAACAAAAAAUGUUUGAACAUUCCCUUAAUGCAAACUUACUGUGAUAUAACACUAUCUGUGGCUCAUUGUCAGGAGAGAUAAGCACCUUGAGAUGAAUGAGUUACAUUUGAACAACAGCUGGGAGCUGAGGUUGCUACAAACAACACUGUUGUUUAUCUUGGUAAAAGUGAAACAGAGAUCAUUUUCUACUGUUCAGCACAGUAGAAGAGAACUACUUAUUUUUGAAAAUGGACAGACAACUUUUCAGUAAUGCCACUGAAAGCUUGCAAAAGUAACUGAAACUGGUAGCUAGCAGAACAAAAGCUGAAGUAGUUUUUUUUUCUAGGAAGUUUUUUUUUAAAAAAGCUAUCAAAACAGGAUUUGGUCAGUUUUUUUCAUGGAUUUUUCUAAUCAGAAAGUAGCACCGAAAAUAAACUGUCUGAAUCGUAUUGAGACGGCUAAUUGUAAUUUGAAUCGUGUCACCGCAGACCUCCUGUUGACCACUAGAGGGGGCUUCACAGCACACAAUCACAGAACCAGAUUACUCAUCACUGUUCAUUCUUAGCUUAAGACAUCUCUGUUGUUUCCUGUGAGGAGUCAUAACCACUAAAGCUCUUAAGGCAAAGUUGCACUCAUACAGCAUCUGUCAAGUUUUGCUUAAAGAAAAAAGAAAAUUAUUUUUGUAUCUUAAAAGUCGCUGAUGUAGCCAAUGUCUGUGUGCACUAUUGCGAUGCAGCUUGACAGGAUCACCGCAAGAAGGGCACGACAUGAAAAUAUGCAGACUUUGAAAAUGUACCCCAAGGACUCUUUACCACCAUCACUGCAAACUGCACUGUCGCUGUGUACAUGUUCUUGUUGUUCAUGUUCCCCAAAAAAUAUCCAUCAUAACGCGGCUGGUUAAUUUGUGAUGAUGGCUUCAUGAUCACAUGAUGCGUGAACAAGUGAACUGCUGUUGUGUCUUUGAUGAUUUGAAAGGUGGACGAUGAAUGAUAACAAGUCAACUGUGGACAUCCGGUUUGCACAUGAUCAUUUGUUUUUGUCAUGUGUUUAUACAUUUACCCGUUGUGCCUGGUUUUCACCCUGAAAUAAAGCAAAAGUAUUGUACAGACGA